AGUCACGGCCGUGGCGCUCGCUGCGCCUGCCCUCGGCCUCCGGGACGGAGACCCCGCGCCGCGCUCGCACCGAGCAACAGCCACCGGAGACUGACCUGUCAGCAGCUCGAGGACACGCCUGCAGCUGCCUCUGAGAUGUGCCCUGGUAACUGGCUCUGGGCCUCCAUGACUUUUAUGGCCCGCUUCUCCCGGAGCGGCUCAAGGUCUCCCGUUCGCACUAGAGGGGCCCUGGAGGAGAUGCCCUCGGUUCAACAUCCCUUCCUCAAUGUCUUUGAGUUGGAGAGGCUGCUCUACACAGGCAAGACCGCCUGUAACCAUGCCGAUGAGGUCUGGCCGGGCCUCUACCUCGGAGACCAGGACAUCGCUAACAGCCGCCGGGAGCUCCGCCGCCUGGGCAUCACGCACGUCCUCAAUGCCUCACACAGCAGGUGGCGAGGCACCCCCGAGGCCUACGAGGGGCUGGGCAUCCGAUAUCUGGGUGUCGAGGCCCAUGACUCGCCAGCCUUUGACAUGAGCAUCCACUUCCAGACAGCUGCCGACUUCAUCCACCGGGCGCUGAACCAGCCAGGAGGGAAGAUCCUGGUGCACUGCGCCGUGGGCGUGAGCCGGUCCGCCACGCUGGUGCUGGCCUACCUCAUGCUGUACCAUCACCUCACCCUCGUGGAGGCCAUCAAGAAGGUCAAGGACCACCGAGGCAUCAUCCCCAACCGGGGCUUCUUGCGGCAGCUCCUGGCCCUGGAUCGCAGGCUGCGGCAGGGUCUGGAGGCAUGAGGGGAGGGGACAGGAGGUCAGGCCAGGUGCAUUUGGCCCUGGCUCCCAGCUGCAGAGAGGAGGCCCAGAUAUCCCAUCCUCUCCUGUGGGCAGGAGAGCAAGAGGGCUGGGGCUUCCACCACUGCUGCUGUUGGUCGGGAGGGGAUGGGGAGGUGACGCUGGCUGGUGUGCUGGGCACCCAGGAGGGAGCUGACCGGGGAAAGGAAACAGCUGAAGCUGUAGGUAGACGGCAGUCCUGGGACUCCGACACCCUGGAUUCCAGCCAGGAUGCUCCCCGUCACCCAGAGCCCCCUCCGCACCCUCCCCCAUUGUGCCCAAGAGUUCCCCCUCGCUCAUUUAAGAACACAAGUGUCAUCUCUGUCCCGUGCCUGUGCAGGGAGUCAGGGAUGCUGCAAGCACGGACGCCAUGCCAUGGUGUAGAUGUGUUGGGGUAGAUGGUGGUGUCGAGACAGACGGUAAAGAGAGGGUGUGAAAAGCUGUGAAACCAGAGGGAGACACUCACAGACUUGUUACUCCAAGCGCAGGAAGAGAAGGUGUGGGAGGGUUGGCGCUGUGCCCGCGGGCGCUGGUCGCGGCCAGGAGCCGCAGAGGUGCAUGCCUGCGAGUCUUGAGAUGAUGGCUCGCCUCCUGGCUGCAGAUGUCUUGAGGAAAAAUAAAGCUGGUGGACACGA